GAGAGACGCCGAGCGGGCGGCCAUUUCGGGGCGGCUGCGACUGCGAUGGAUAAACUGACCAUUAUUUCAGGAUGUCUCUUCUUGGCUGCCGACAUCUUCGCCAUCGCCAGCCUCGCUAAUCCCGACUGGAUCAACACGGGAGAGUCUGCAGGUGCACUGACAGUUGGUCUCGUCCGCCGAUGCCAAACAAUUCAUGGGCGUGAACGGACGUGUGUUCCUCCACAGCUUCCACCCGAAUGGGUUACAACACUGUUUUUCAUUAUCAUGGGGAUUAUUUCAUUGACUGUAACGUGUGGCCUGCUGGUGGCAUCACACUGGCGAAGAGAAGCCACCAAAUAUGCCCGCUGGAUAGCCUUCGCUGGAAUGAUCCUAUUUUGUAUGGCAGCACUCAUAUUUCCAAUUGGAUUUUACAUCAAUGAAGUUGGAGGACAGCCCUACAAGUUACCCAACAACACCCAAGUUGGGUCAUCGUAUGUACUGUUCGUCUUAUCCAUCUUCUUCACAAUCGUAGGACUCCUCUUUGCCGGGAAGGUUUGUUUACCUGGUUGAUUUUUUUAAAAAAUAAAAUAAAAAAUGGCCUAACUGAUUCUUCUGUUACAAGAAAGCUCGUCAUCAGAGUGAGACGUAUUCUGCAACGGGAGACUGAAGGGGAUCGCAGAUGCAAUUUUUCACUAAUGAGGAUGGUUUAAAUCUCUUAUCACUAUGCACUUUGGAGACAAAGAAGAGGGCUCUGUCCCCUCAGCCUCUGCAGACUCGGAACUUCAUGAGCACGCUGCUGCUGUUUCUAAUGCGCUUGAGGCUGUCCUGUGACUGGAACUAGGAAGACUGCACUUUGGUGAAGAGAAGUGUGUAACCCUAUUAAUACUAUACCUAUCAUGGUUUCAUAUUAGCAGCAAAUUUAACAAGCCAAGCGCUUAUUUUUGCCAUUCCCCCCCCCUCUAUUGAUUCAGUGCUGCGCUGGAGGUAAAGCAGGGCAAGUCCAGGUGGGGCUGGCCUCACUAUGAGUAAAGCAUGCUGCAACCUCUCAAUCAAUGGUGGAGCUUUUGAAACUGAGAAUAACUUAACACUACUUAAACUCAAGUGAUACCAAAACUGACUUGAUCUGAGGCUUGGAAUAAGAAUGUACUACCAAUGGCAAGGUCAAUGUGUUAGGAGGCCUGCAGAUCAAAGAUUGCUUUCUAUUCUGUACAAAGCAAAUAUGGAAAUGUAUUCCUGCUGGAUAUUAAAGCCAAAUAUAUUAAUUUUAAGUAAUAUUUAGAAGAAAAAUCCCUUCCUAUAUUUUAUUUUUUUGGCUGAUGCAGUAUAAUGUAUAUGCAGCUAGGGAGAAGUUCAUUUGCUUUUACUGGAAAACACCAGUAUGUGAGGCAGAAACCAUUAGAAUAGCCAUCUAUAAAGGUCAGUGGGAAAGUCCUCAGUUACCUCAUUCUUUGUGUUUGAUUUCCACUCUGUAGCAGCCGAACCCCCAACUCUACAGGAUACCAGAGCAAACUGCCGCCGUGUCUGUAUCAUACUGGGUGCAAUGUUUUUUAAAGGUUGAGUAAGAUGAGCUAAAAAAAAGUUUAUCUUUAUUAUUAAAUUAUUUGUAUAUGAGGAAGAAACAAAAUGGGAUUGUGACAUAUCUUUUAAACACUCCACUGCUUAAAGUUGCUUAUAUUACCAUACCUGGCUGCUAUCCUGGCAAUGGCGGUUCAGUCAUCCCCUUGUUAUACUAAUGCUACUCAUAUGUAUCUGUGUAGACUUGUAAGUAAACCUAACUAGCCAUAUCCACGAUCUGCAAUCGUUCCAAUUGCCUAGUUUGUGCUUAGCUGUUCUGGGCAAUCAGACGUAUAUUAAAGAUGCCACUAACUGUGAAAGCUGACCAGUCCAUUUUUACACUUCAGGAUAGAUGUAAUCACAUAAGCUGCUUGUUUAGAUUAGUUAGUCCCAUGCUGAUGUCCAGGAGACGGUUUGGGUUUAUUUGGUGUGAUGCUGGACAUCUGUAAAAAGGUUCAAUGUUCAUGUUGCGGGGGUUGGGCUCGCUCUCUGAUCAGACAGACAUUUUGUAAGCUCUGUGUAUCUGUCACUUAAGGAAACUAUGCA